UUCUUUAUCUUCUUUCUUUUUUGUUUUCUCUCUCUCUCUCUGUGCCUUUCUCUCUGUCUUUCUUUUCAGAAAAGAAAAGUGGCUUACCUCCUCCAGCUGCAAGCUCUUUGAUUCAUUUAGUCGAGCAAUCUACCUCGACCGGCUUCCCAACUUUAAAUUGUCCUUGUUAGAGACAAAAAAUAAGGGCAAUAAAAUGGAAGACAACGUCAAAAACUACAGUUUUAACACCGGCAAAGUUUCAACUUUUGGAGUACUUGACUAUGUAAUAUUCUCUUUCACUCUGUUGGUAUCUGUAGCCAUUGGGAUAUUUUAUGCCAUCAAAGACCGACAUCAAACAAGUACGAAAGCGUAUCUUCUUGCUGGGGGUAAUAUGUCUGUAUUGCCGGUUGCUCUUUCGUUGGUGGCCAGUUUUAUGUCAGCUAUAACACUUCUAGGGACACCUGCCGAGAUAUAUAACUUCAACACCAUGUUCAUGGACAUGACUCUAGCUUAUAUCAUCGCUAUGUUCCUGGCUGCUUACGUCUAUAUACCUAUAUUUUAUCGGUUGCAUAUCACCAGCGUUUACGAAGUGAGUCCUUUUUGAUUUUGUUUUAUUUUC